AUGCUUCGUCUGGUUGUCCUUCUCAGCUUCGUCGCUCUUUCCCUUGCCUGCCAAGCAACAACGACAGCGGGUGGCGCAGCAGGUGGUGGCGGUGCUGCUGGCGGUGGUGCUUCUUCUAAGAAGAAACGUGAAGUUCACGAAGCCGAAGUUGUUGUCGUCACCCACCAAAACUACGACCCGGAUAUGAAUGGCUCGUACAUGGGAGUAAUCAAAUCCGCGAUUGAGCAGCAUGCACAAGAAGAAGGACUGAUAACCAAAAACAACCUGAUUGAAGAGAGGCCGGGGAAUGUCGGUGGAAAAUUCGCAGUAACCUACGCUGUCGUCGAUGUGGAAUGUGAACAGUUGAGAAGCUUUAUCGUGGGAGGCGAACGAAAGAGAUGUCACCGAUCAUCAAUUUCGUCACUGUCAAUUGCGACGGAAAAGAAACAGUCUUGUAGUUCCUCAUAUGAAACUUAU